AUGGAGGCUUAAAUACAUUUUCUCUUCAGUUUUAGUUCCUUUGAUUAUUUAGGUGUAUAAUUUAUCAAAUAGAAAUUAAAGUUAUCAAAAAUAUUUGAAUUCACUCUUUACAAAUGCACUUUGAUUCGAUUUAAUUUUUUCGAGAAUGUAAAGUGUUAAGGUCUUAUGCAAUCCAGAAAUGAAGCUUCACAACAAUAUAAGGAAUAGUUAGAAUUAGUAAUGACAGAGGAUAUUAAAGGAAUAUUGAUAGAAUAUAAAAAUAAUAUUAAAAAUAAUAAAAUGAAUGACAUAAAAAAGCUGUACUGCAGAUUUGUAACAGGAAUGACUGUUGAAUUGGAUAUCAAACAGGAUACAAGAACUGUAUUAUAAUUGAAGCAACAGCUUGCCGAGAUUAUUAAUUUAACUUCAGAUAGGUUAUAUAUUGGAUUUGAAACCUCGCUUUUGGAAGAUAAUGAUUAUCUGAGGGACAAAGGAAUAACAGAUUGUGAUACUGUUCAUGUUAUCACCUCUUAGUUGACUGAAAAAAUUUGUUAUAGAAAUUAAAAAUGAGAUUAUGAUAGUUCAUUUAAAUAUUUUCUAUAUAUUUUGUGUAAA